ACGACCGACCACGGUUGGCCUCCUCUUCUUCUUUCUCUCUCGCCGGCUCCGACGGACAGGCAAAAUUCCAAAUCUCUCUCUCUGUGGGCGGGCGGGCAGGCGGCGAUGGAGAGCCCCACAUCGGCGGCGUCGCGGGUGGACUUCUACGGCUUCCUCGACCGCAUGCGCCGCCCGGAGGCCGCCGACCUCUUCCGCUCCAUCAAGAGCUUCCUCGCCUCCCUCUCCCUCGACGAGCCCAGCGCGGAGGCGGACGGCGCCAGGGUCCAGGCCUUCUUCGCGGAGAUGGAGGCAGCCAUCCGGGGGCACCCGCUCUGGGCCGACGCCACCCACCAGGAAAUCGACCACGCGCUCGAGGGCCUCGAGAAGUACAUCAUGACCAAGCUGUUCGACCGCACCUUUGCGGCGUCGCCGGAGGACGCGGCGGCCGACGCCGAGGUCUCGGACAAGAUCGGCCUCCUGCAGCGCUUUGUCAGGCCCCAUCACCUCGACAUACCCAAGGUCCUCAACAACGAGGCUUCCUGGCUGAUUGCAGUUAAAGAACUACAGAAGAUUAAUUCCUUCAAGUCCCCGUGGGAGAAGCUUCUCUGUAUGAUGAGCUGUUGCCAAGUCAUCAAUAACUUGCUGCUAAACGUGUCCAUGACAAAUGACCGGACACCGUCUGGCGCUGAUGAGUUCCUUCCCAUUCUCAUUUAUAUUACCAUCAAGGCCAAUCCUCCUCAGCUGCACUCAAAUCUGAAGUUUGUUCAACUCUUCAGAAGAGAAACUAAGCUUGUUUCAGAAGUCGAAUACUAUCUCACAAACCUCAUUUCAGCAAAGAUGUUUAUAAUUAAUGUUAAUGGCCACUCGCUAUCCAUAGAAGAAAGUGAGUUUCAGAAGCAUAUGGAAUCUGCAAAACUAGGCACUCAGAUGUCUGUUGCUAGCCCUAGUAGUUCACAAGGGUUGGCUACAUCUACGAGCGGAUUACAGAAGCAAAUUGAUGCAGAAGUUGACAUUUAGCAGGUUCAAGAUUCCCUUUCAUGGACUCGGAAACUGAAAAUCUGACGCAAGCGGAACUGAAGCAGUUACAUGGGCUCUACAGGAAGACAGUGACCAGAUAUACACUGUUGUCUAAAGCCUUAAGAAAGUUAUCCAUAGAUGAGGAUCAGCUCCUCGCAUCAGUAGAUGAUUCAUGAACUGAUAAAAAGAUUAUUAGUUUUGCCACUUGACCGUUUCAACAAAAAACAAGGCAGGAUGGGAGGAGGAGGAGGAGAUUACAUACGUCGUUCAAGUGUCAAAACAUGGUAUCAAGACCUGGAACCGCAUUCAUGUUAAUGUUGUCCCUCGAUAAAUAAGCCCAAGACUGCGGAAACAAUAUCAGAAUUCAGGAUCCAUGUCCAGGUGGUAUCAAACAAUGCGAUACAAAUCGAUGAUCAUUUGAUAAUUGAUGGCCGGCUGAAUGAGUUAUCAACUCACUGGACGCUAACGAUGCAGCAGGUCAGCAGCAGCUCAUGGAUCUGGAUGUCUGGUUAGGACACUUGCCAAAGCAUUGUACAACAGAAUCGGGAUGCAAGCUUUCAUUUGAGUUUCUGAAAAGCGAUAUGAAGAGCCUUCUCCUUGACUUGUUAUCGCAACCCCACCAGGAGAAACAGCCACUACCUGCCAAUUGUGAGCUUGGCAUCAGCGACAUUAAGAUCAUCUGCAUGAUAAAAGGUCGUCUGGCAUUGCCUCUCUAGGCUGGUGAUAAGGUGGCGCCCGCUAUGCCCUUCUGAAGACCUGAGCUCCCUGGACUGCUCACUGGCUGAUCGAGCUGGAUAAGAAAGUAAGGGAAUCCCCAACACUAAGCCGGUGAAGAUGACAAGGACCUCGACGGAGUGGCCAAGAACUUCGAUUGCCAUGGCCAGGUUGUUGCGGAAGCUUGUGCGUUGAAGAGUGGAAGGAGCUGUUAAAGCUUUUUCUUUCGGCAGUUGGCUUAUUAUGCUCUGGUUCCCUGCAAAAAAAAAAGAAAAGGCUUAUUAUGCUCUGGAGCUGUCUUGCAUUUUUCCUUCUUGCAAUGCUGCGUUAGCGGUAUGUAAUCCUGUAACCAUAUUUUGAGUACUCUCUGGUGUUUCAUUUUUUUCCCAGUGAAAGAUGGAACAGGGUUGUGGGCU